AUGGCUGACAGAAGCCUGAUCGAGGGCGACGAGCCCCUCCCGCACCGCGAGGAGGCUCCAGAGUGGGGCUACGAGGAAGGAGUGGAGUGGGGGCUGAUUUUCCCGGACGCUAACGGGGAGUAUCAGUCGCCUAUUAACUUGAACUCGAGGGAAGCUAAAUACGACCCUUCCCUCCUGGAAGUGCGGCUGUCGCCGAACUACGUGGUGUGUCGUGACUGCGAAGUGAUCAACGACGGGCACUCGAUUCAGAUUGCCCUGAAGUCAAAAUCAGUGUUAAUAGGGGGGCCGUUGCCUCGAGGACAUGAGUUUGAGCUCCACGACGUUCGGUUUCACUGGGGGAGAGAAAACCAGCGUGGCUCUGAGCACACUGUUAACUUCAAGGCCUUUCCCAUGGAGCUUCAUCUAAUGCACUGGAACUCCACGCUGUACAGCAGCAUUGAUGAGGCAGUAGGGAAGAAGCACGGCAUAGCUAUUAUUGCUUUGUUUGUGCAGAUAGGAAAAGAGCAUGUAGGCCUAAAGGCUGUAACUGAAAUUCUCCAGGACAUCCAGUACAAGGGAAAGUCCAAAACAAUCCCCUGUUUUAAUCCCAACUCUUUAUUGCCAGAUCCCCUCCUGCGUGACUACUGGGUGUAUGAGGGCUCUCUCACCAUUCCCCCCUGCAGUGAAGGUGUCACCUGGAUAUUGUUCCGCUAUCCUUUGACCGUGUCCCAAGUGCAGAUAGAGGAAUUUCGUCGACUGAGGACACAUGUUAAAGGUGCUGAACUUCUAGAGGGCUGCGAUGGAAUCCUAGGAGAUAACUUCAGACCAACGCAGCCACUUAGUGACAGAAUCAUCAGGGCUGCAUUUCAGUAG